CCCCGCUGGAAGCGGUGGCUUCCUUCCACUCUGCCUGUCCGGGUCCCCUUCCCAGGAGCCCCACGUCUUGCCCCCCCCUCCCCUGCCACUCACAACCCCGGCUCAAAGCAUCCGCGUCCCGCGUGGGCCGCUCCCCUCGCGCCGGGGACGCCCUCAGAGUGCGUGGGCAAAGCGCUGGCGGCAAGGAGCUGGGCCGAGAGCCGCCUACAUUUCCGUGCCUCAGUUUCUCCGGCUCUAAACGAUACAAAAAUGGAACCCACGGAGCAGUGAAGAUCUGGACAGCUGGCGUCUGCAGGCCGUUGGAAGUUCAUCAGCACGGGGCAGGCUCUCACGGUGGAGAGAACGCGUGCUCCCGCCCCGGGCGGAGGACGGACUGCCAGAGCGCACCCCGCGCCUGCAGCGCUCCGGCGUGGGUCUCGGGCUCCCGGGCGCGGGGAGCCGCGGGCUCGGCCCGGCCCCACCCGAGGUGGUCCAGUGCGCGGCACCCGGUCAGGAUCCUAGAGCCCGUUGUGAGCAUUUACAGGCCUACACCCCACCUUCACUGGCUCAGAGUACACUUCAUGGGUACUGUUACAGGUUGACCCUUGAUUUGAACCUUUUUCAUCACCUCAAAGGAGCCGAUACUUUCCGCUGCGCAGCUCCUGCUGACCGUCUUCUGCACGGACGUUUCCUAUCAACGGGCCUUGUAAUAUGGGGUCUUUUCCAGCGGCCCCCUUCCUGCACGUUCCCAGUGUCUGCACGUCUAUGAGCGGCGAGCCCACACCUUGACUGUGCUCUUCAUCCUCACCUGUGCACUGGGCUAUGUGACUCUCCUGGAAGAAACACCUCAGGAUACAGCUUAUAACACCAAGAGCUUACUGGCGAUUUUGGCUCUGCGUUAGUGUGGUCUACGAGCUGUUUCUCAUCUUUAUCCUCUUCCAGCUCCCGUUCUGCAGGAGCUUACCUUCCCAUUGUCUCCAGCCAGGGAGUGCUAUCCUGAUGACUGGUUUGCUGAGCUACACUUGGCUUCACAGAAGGAACACCCACCAUGGUGGUCUCAGGCCACAGAGCACUCUCCUGCUGAGACCUCAAAACCUGACAGUGCGUGAUGGCCGGCAGUUUCUCAAGUAUGUGGAUGCCAGGCUCGGGGUUCCACUGCCUGAGAGGGACUAUGGGGGAAACUGCCUCAUCUAUGAUCCAGACAACAAGACUGACCCCUUCCACAACAUCUGGGACAAGCUGGACGGGUUUGUCCCUGCACACUUCAUUGGCUGGUACCUGAAGACCCUCAUGAUCCGAGAUUGGUGGAUGUGCAUGAUCAUCAGCGUGAUGUUCGAGUUCCUGGAGUACAGCCUGGAGCACCAGCUGCCCAACUUCAGCGAGUGCUGGUGGGACCAUUGGAUCAUGGAUGUGCUGGUCUGCAACGGGCUGGGCAUCUACUGUGGCAUGAAGACGCUGGAGUGGCUGUCCCUGAAGACGUACAAGUGGCAGGGCCUCUGGAACAUCCCCACCUACAAGGGCAAGAUGAAGCGCAUAGCCUUCCAGUUCACACCCUACAGCUGGGUCCGCUUCGAGUGGAAGCCAGCCUCUAGCCUGCGCCGCUGGCUGGCCGUGUGCGGCAUCAUCCUGGUGUUCCUGCUGGCGGAGCUGAACACCUUCUACCUGAAGUUUGUGCUGUGGAUGCCCCCCGAGCACUACCUGGUCCUGCUGCGGCUGGUCUUCUUUGUGAACGUGGGCGGUGUGGCCAUGCGUGAGAUCUAUGACUUCAUGGAUGAUUUGAAGCCGCACAAGAAGCUGGGCCAGCAGGCCUGGCUCGUGGCAGCCAUCACAGUCACCGAGCUGCUCAUUGUGGUGAAGUACGACCCGCACACACUCACCCUGUCCCUGCCUUUCUACAUCUCCCAGUGCUGGACACUUGGCUCUGUCCUGGUGCUCACCUGGACCAUCUGGCGCUUCUUCCUGCGGGAUAUUACCUUGCGGUACAAGGAGACACGGAGGCAGAAGCAGCAGAGUGACCAGGGAAGGGCAGUCAGCAACAAGGAUGAGCACUCAGGGCUGGAUGAUGAUCUGCUGGCACCUGGGGCCUCUGAAAAGGAGGACGUCACCGAGGAAGGCGUGGCAGCUGCCUCAUGAGCGCCAGCCCUCCUGCAGGCCUUGCCUCCUGGGACUCUUUUCCCCUCCUCCCAUGCUCCCAUGUACCUGUCCACCUAAGUGCACAGACAUGUGCACAGCCAAGCAUGUGCACAUAUGUGCAGUGUACUGGAGCAGCCCCAAGAUCAACAGCUGGUGGUGGUUCCCGGGCCGUGCUCUACAGCAGGGUCCUGCCCCUUCCUGUGCCUGGCUGGCCAGGGCCUGUACCCACAGACUAUCCAGUGCCUAGCCUCAGCCAGCCUGGGAGGAACAGCCUGUGCCCUUCCUCCAUGUGGCCCCACAGGACCUGCUGACAUGCCCACCAGUGGCACAAGUGAAGGACCCAUGCUGCAGUGGCACUGGGCCACUUCCUCCAGAGCCUCUGCUAACCAGACUCUGUCCUGAGUGGAACAGGACGGAACGGAGGUUGUCAUCCAGGCCCCUUAAGCACGCAUGUCAUGCACAGGCUCCAAGACCAGGGCUGCAAUUGGGCACCAGGGUUGUGUUGUUCCAUAGCUCGAGUUUAGAGUGUCUUCUCGAGCAGACAGAACAAAUAAAGUGAUGGAAGUCUGCA